CGGGAUUACGAAGAUGUUCUUCAGUGUAUCAUUCCUGUGAUCGAAGGAUUACUACCCUCACCUGCUAGCGAAAUCGUCAUGACACUGCUGUACCGUCUCGCCGAAUGGCAUGCGCUUGCGAAGCUGCGCGUCCACACCGAAGACUCGCUGUCCCGCCUCGAUGCGGUCACAGUCCAAUUUGCAGUGUGA